AGCAGACGGCAGGGAGGGCGAUCGAACUGGAAGCAAUCGGUGGAAGAAGAAGAAGAAGAAAAGAGGGAAAAAGGAAGGAGGCAGAGCUUUUUUCAGGGAUUCGUGCCUCUACUGGUGCUGGGCCGUGGGCAGCAAUCGGCGGGAAACGCGUUUAAGUUUUCGAAAUUCCGAAACGGCCCGAAAUUUUUCGAAAAUUACACAAACGGCCCGAAAAAGGUUUCGGGCCCUUUUUCCCGUUUCCGAAACGGGAAACGGUUCGGAAACGCCGAAGCGGCGUCUCCGAGCCGUCCCCGUUUCGACCGUCGAAGAUUCAAACUUAAAAACGGUUACUUUCCCGCUUUUUCGUUUCCAGAGACUAUAAAUUCUCAAAAUCGACGUUCAACCGAAGAGUUUCGCAGUAAGGGCAAAGUUCACCUCUCCAACUUCUCCAGGUCUUGCAAGUUUCAACUUGAUUUCAUGGACAGGUACCUGGGAAUCGAUAAGAUUGGAGAAGGAGGUUAUGGUGAGGUUUACAAAUGUUAUGAUACUUUAGAUGAAAAAAUGGUCGCUGUUAAGAAGAUUUUCUUCCUCGGUGAUCGUGAUGGUGUCCCAGGCGAGGUAAUAAGGGAAGCCUCCAUUCUAAAAGAGACGAAGCAUGAUAAUAUUGUCAGGUUGCUGGAUGUCUUGAACGAAGAAAAAUCUGUGUAUCUCGUGUUCGAGCAUCUGGACUUAAAUCUCUUGACAUUUAUGAAGGGAAUAGAACUUCCUAGGGAUUCUCAAGCUAUAAAAGACUAUCUGCGUCACAUUCUGUCUGGUGUGGCUUACUGUCAUGCACGUAAGAUUCUUCACCGAGAUUUAAAACCUGCAAAUUUGUUGAUAGAUCUCAGAGAAAACAGAGUGAAGGUAGCAGACUUUGGAUUGGCUAGGCCAGUUGGUGUUCCCUUGAAGUCAUAUACUGAACAGGUAGGAACUCCCAAGUACAGGGCUCCAGAAAUUUUGCUUGGCUCACACCAAUACUCUUCUGCUGUUGACAUCUGGUCUGUUGGUUGCACAUUCGCUGAGAUGGUAAUCUGGCAGCCUCUUUUCACCGGCAGGACUGAAAUUGAUCUACUGCUCUCAAUAUUUAGCAUUUUGGGCACACCAAAUGAAGAAACUUGGCCUGGGGUGACCUCUUUAUCUGAACAGAUUAAUCAUCUACCCAAGAGCAAUCCUAAGGAGCUGGCAAAGGUGUUCCAAGAUCUUGAACCUGCCGGAGUCAAUCUUCUCUCUAAAAUGCUGUGUCUGGACCCAAGCAAAAGAAUUACUGCUCGCGAUGCGCUCAAGCAUGAGUAUCUCACUUAGCCUGCUAUCAACUUGGCAUUCCCCGUCUUCAUCUCUCUGUUAUGUUGAUAGUUAAGAGUCACUAGUUUUCAUCUGAAUAAGCAAGUGAUAGAUUGUUCUACCCCUGCUUGUUUGAACUACCAAAACUCCCAUAACUUUCCUGCCAUCGCCUUAUCAAUCUGUCAGGUGUUUUUUUUUUCACGCAAUCUGUCAUAGUAGCUGGUAAAGUAGUACUUCUGUGAAAAUUACUUGUUAUUUUUUGCCCCAA